AUGACAACGCUUCUUGCAAAGCAAGUUGCAGCCUUUAAACAGCACCAUGGCAUCACAGCUGUUGGUACCAAACGACAAGUUGCACCAUCAAUCCUCUUCAGCCCACAGGAAGCGAAGUCGCACGAUCCCGAGACCUUUGCAGCCUUGGCUCUGCAUGGUCUGUCUGAGGCCGCAGUGCUGGAACCAAAGCUGUCCCAAUACAGCGAGCUCUUCGAGGGUACCAUGAAAGAUCGGGAUCUCCUCACCAAGGAGGAGAAUGGCGCCAUAGAUCAGAAGAUCCACAAACUCCUGCUGCUGUUGUCGCCUCAUUUGCAGGCAAGAGCAGCACAGGAAUGUGUAGAAGGCUUGCUGUACAGAUACCAUGCGCAUCGGUGGAACGUGGAUGAUCUGAUGGCUGCGGCGUUACCACACCAUGAUUCUCCUCUCUUCACCAAGUUGGUUCAGGGCCUUCAUGUAGAGAAUCGGCCUCGUUGGGCUUGGUUGUCCACUUUGAAGGCGAAGCCAGCCACUUUGAUCCGUUCACGACUGGCCAAGUAUUGCAGCAAAGACACGGCGGUGUUGUCCUUCCUGGGCGACAUCUUAGAGGAGCUGGAUGCCAGAGCUGGUGGACUGGAAACGCUGCAGAUGCAACUGGAGAAUCGGGCGCUGAUGACUUUCUUCGCAGCCAUUUGGUUGGAUACCAUUGCGUUGCCGGAGAACCCAGAGUUCAGGUCUGUGGGCAACGACUUGGUUCAGGUGGCCAUCCAGAGUCUCCUGAAGUUGUUGAGCCAACCUGCACAGCAAGAUGCCUUCUAUGCUGGUGUGACGGUGACUGGUGCGCUUUGCGCCAAGAUCCAGCUCGAGGAGAGCGUGCAAGGGCAGUUGUUAGUGCGCUUGGCCAAACAGGCAGUUGGGGAAGACGGCCGUGCCGCUUUCGAAGUCAUGGCAGCGAUGAGUCAGUUGCAGGAGCUGGAAAAAAUGCCCGGAGGAGUCGUGAAGGUCCUGGCCAAACAUGGGCCGGAGGAGCUGCUGCGUGCAGCUUCACCUUCAGUGGAUGCCGGGAACCUGCUGGCGAUGGUUGUGAAGGCCGGACUGGGCGUGGAGGAAGAAAAUGUCCAGGUGCGCGUGGCUGAGAAACAUAUGGAGGUUUUGAAAGGAUAUCCAGGAUAUCCCUUCAAGCAGCAUGCCUUGGUCCAGGGCCUCCUUGAAGACUCCAGUCUGAUGAAACACCAUGCACCGCAGCUCUGCCGAGCUGUACUUCAGGCUUUCCUGGAGGGUCUCAGAAAUGCGGCCACGGCCAAAGCGCGGAAGAAGACCGUGGCACGGUUCCAGGCCAUCGUGCGGGCGCCUGCGAAGUGCCUGGGCUGUGCGCCGUUGGAGUUGAAUGAGGCGAUGCGACAGACGUUGUCGAAAGUGGACAAAGAUACCGCGGAGACCUUGGUGCAGUUGGCUCCAACUUGCGCCGAGAGUGACGGCUCGGCGGCGACGCAGGCUUCCCGGAAGUCCGCGAAGGUUCGCGGUAAGGCCACCGCGAAAACGAGCGUAGCCGCCGUCGUGCUAGCGACGCCGGAGGAAAUCGAAGGUGGGGCCAUGGAUUUGCAGGGUAAGGGUAGGUAA